AUGGAGUCGACAACAGCCGUCUCCUUCUUCCUCCUUCUCUGUUUCCUCCACCAUUCCUCAGCCACAACAUCAAGUUCAACCAUUACUUUUCCAAACGAAGCACUCCCCACAAAAUCAGGUUACCUCCCGGUCAACCCCAAAACCAACUCGGCUAUUUUCUACACCUUUUAUGAAGCCCAAAAACCAACUUCACCUCUUUCCAGAACCCCACUUCUCAUUUGGCUCCAAGGUGGCCCCGGCUGUUCCUCCAUGACUGGCAACUUCCUCGAACUCGGCCCUUAUCGCGUUGUCGAAUCGCAAAACAGCGAACAGCCUGCUCUUCAACCCAAUUUAGGCUCCUGGAACCGCAUUUUUGGCCUCAUUUUCAUUGAUAAUCCAAUAGGAACCGGAUUUAGUAUCGCUUCGAACCCUGAAGAGAUACCGAGAGACCAGCACACUGUUGCUAAGCAUCUCUUUGCUGCGAUCACUGAGUUUAUAGAAUUAGACCCCGUGUUCAAGACUCGCCCGAUUUAUAUAACCGGAGAGAGUUAUGCAGGAAAGUAUGUUCCUGCAAUUGGUUAUUAUAUUUUGAAGAAGAAUAUGAAGCUGCCUGUGUCAAAACAAGUGAAUCUGAAAGGUGUUGCCAUAGGUAAUGGGUUAACGGAUCCGGUGACACAAGUCAAAACUCAUGCUCUGAAUGCUUACUUUUCUGGAUUGAUCAAUGAGAUACAAAAAGGUGAAUUGGAGGAAGCUCAAAGGAAGGCAGUGAAGCUAGUUAAAAUAGGAAAUUGGAGUGCGGCAACAGAUGCAAGAACUAGGGUCUUGGAUUUGUUGCAAAACAUGACAGGACUAGCCACUCUGUAUGACUUCACUAGGAAAGUGCCUUACAAAACAGGAUUAGUUACUAAAUUGAUGCAACUAGCAGAAGCGAAGAAUGCAUUGAAGGCAAACGAAUCUAUAGUUUUUGAAGAUUGUAGUGACACGGUGUGGACAGCAUUGAGUGAAGAUAUCAUGAAGAGUGUCAAGUAUAUGGUGGAAUUCUUGGUUAAGAAGAGCAAGGUAUUAUUGUAUCAAGGGCAUUUUGAUUUGAGAGAUGGAGUGGUUUCUACUGAGGCUUGGGUUAAGACAAUGAAAUGGGAAGGGAUAGGGAAGUAUUUGACGUCUGAGAGAAAGAUUUGGAAAGUGAACGGAGUGCUUGCUGGAUACGUGCAGAAGUGGGGGAGUUUCAGCAAUGCUGUGGUGUUGGGGGCUGGGCAUCUCGUGCCUACUGACCAGGCAGUGCAUUCUCAGGCUAUGAUAGAGGAUUGGGUCCUGGAAAAGGGAGUCUUUGCUAAUGAGCAGGGAAAGGAUUCUGUGUCUGAUUUCAGGGCUGCACUCUGA